AUGUGUGAACCAUUUUUUGCAUUAUCAGUCACAGAAAGAUGUAAUUCUAAUGCUGACAUUGCCUUCUUGGUGGACUCCUCGGGAAGCAUCUCCCGUGAAAACUACGAAAAAGUGAAAACAUUUGUGUCAAACCUCGCUGCGAGCUUCAACAUUUCUCCAGGGGGAUCCCGUGUGGCUGUUGUUCUCUACAGUACAGGCGCAACAACUGCAAUCAAGUUUGAUGACUUCACAAGCGCAGACUCGUUUGAGAGAGCAGUGAAACUCCUAAAACAUGAGCGCGGAUUCACAAGGAUAGAUCUUGCUCUUCAAAGGGCCUAUUACGACUUGUUCGGCAGACGAGGCAGUUCUCGGUAUGAAGUACCAAAAAUUGCCUUCCUCCUCACCGAUGGAAAACAGACGGAAGACUCCCAAGCACUCUCUCUUGGAAAGAUGGCCCGCCUUAUCAAGGAUCAAGGAGUGCGAAUCGUUGCAAUAGGAGUUGGAAAACAAGUCGAAACUCAAGAACUUAUGACAAUUGCAACUAACGAAAAGGACGUCAUACAGGCAGACACAUUUGACGACUUAUUAGAAAAAGUGCAACCGAUCGCCGAGAGUGCAUGUGAAAGCUUUUUAGCUGUUCCUAUUCCAGAGGAAAUUGACGAUGAAUGCCAACCUGAUGUGGACGUCGCUUUCCUGGUAGACUCAUCCGGAAGCAUUUCUUUUAGAAACUUCCGAAAGGUAAAAAAUUUUGUCGUGGAACUGGCUUCAAAAUUCGACAUUUCCCCGGGAGGAUCCCGUGCGGCUGUUGUUGUUUACAGUACAAGAGCAACCACGAGGAUCAGGUUCACAGAUCACUCUACCUAUGGGUCGUUUGCAAAUGCUGUGCAAAGAUUACGACAUGAACGAGGUUAUACCAGGAUAGAUCUUGCUCUUCAAAAGGCUAAUUUUGACGUGUUCGGUCCUCGAGGAAAACCCCGCUUUCUGGUGCCAAAAAUCGCGUUCGUCCUCACAGACGGAGAACAGACAAGAAAUGGAAAUGAACUUUCUCUCGAAGUGGUUUCUGACCGCCUCAAAAAGAAAGGAGUACGAAUCAUAUCGAUAGGAAUUGGAAAACGUGUGAACAAGAACCAGCUUACAGUAAUCGCCAGUAGCGAAAAGGAUGUCGUGAUAGCUGAGUCAUUUGAUGGGUUGGUAUCUGAAGUGGAACCACUCUUUCAGAGCGCGUGUAAAGGGAAUGAAGAUGAAGGAACUUAA